AUGGACAAACCACACCAAAAUGAAGAGCCGCAAGCGCCCAAGACCGAUGAGGAGAGGCCUCCGGUGGAGCACUCUCCCGAAAGCAGUCCUCGGCAGUCUUCGGAGGAGCAGUCCUCGGAGGAGGUUCCUGAGGAGCUCCUGCCUGAGCUCCUGCCUGAGAUACUUCUCUCGGAGGAGCGCCCUCCGCCAGGAGAGACACUUUCCAGGAAAAGGACCUGUUUGAGGGCGCCCUCCCGUAGACAGCCUCCUUGUGGAGUAGGAAAACAUAAGCUUGAAGAAGGAAGCUUUAAGUUGGCUCGUUCUCGCCCGCAAUUUAGAGGACAUACAUAGCGAAAUUUAAACAGAGGUAAGGCAGCAGAUGAGCUAGAAGAGAUGAAAAGUAAAAAUAGGCAGUGAUAUUCAAUGCAUUGGAAGGCAAAACGGAGCCGUCCUUAUCCUAUUUAAUGUGUUCGCCCUUUAAUUCUGUUUUGCCUGCUAAUAGUAUUGCCAUUGCCACCUGGACUUUCUGUGCGUUUUCUUAAUGCCUUUUCCCAUAUUCUGAAUUUUAACUUUUUGUGAGGAUUUAUUUUAGAUGUUUAGCUUGUAACUCGCUUAAAGUUGGGGUUUCCCCCUAAAAUUUACAAGUUUCCCUCUUUCAAUCAUAAGUCCUAUACAUUUUGCAUGAAGAUGUCAUUAUAUA